AUGGCUCGUGCUCCUCAGCGUCGUCAGCGUGGUCGUCCCCAGGCCACACCUCAGCGUCAAGAGUGGCGCAAAGUUGUCAAGGUACGUGAAGCGAGGGAGGGUGAUGAGGGAGAGAAUAGGGAAGGAGGAGACAUGUCGAGAGAGCCGUUCCUGCGGUCUUGAUCUUUCGCAGGCUAUCAAGGAGGAGGAGCCGCUCACACCCACGGCCACCACGACCACAAGCACCGACACCGACACGGUGCGCAGAAUGCCACACACUUGCAGUCACACGCACACAGAUGCCUGUUCAUGCCUGUCCACGUCUGUGUGUCUCUGUGUGUGUGUGUGUGUGUGUGCUCUGGUCACAGGGUUCCGACUUCGUCAAGGAUGAGGUGAGUACGACACACACACACAGUUGACGAACGGAGAUCUGAUGAGUUGUGGCUGUGUGUGUCUGACAGAACUAUCCCAUGUUGCCGGGCUCCCAGGACAACCCAGUGUUGAGCGCCGACAUUGUAUGCAGGAAUGGCACACUCGAAACAAAAAGACGUGUACACACAUGCGACUGUCCACAGGGCAAGUGGGAGCACCCCUUCAAGGCCGUAUUGGGGAGCGCCUUUGGCACGCCCUGUGUGCCGCCCUUUUAG